UUCAGACACGGCGCUCGUUUUGGUCAUCCUUGGAGAGUAGCGGCCUCAAAUCAACACCUACCACCUGUGUGAACCACCGCGUUGCCGAGGGCUUGUACGUGCUACCUGUGGGAGAUAGCGGUUGGUGCAGUGCUGGUAUUGGACAGCAGGAGGUCCAUCGGGAAGACCGUUAGUUGAACCGCGUUAUUGUAGAGCGUGCGAGGACAGCAAGGGGCGCGUGUGGGGCGUCAGAGCGGCGGCGUGCUCGGAUAAACAGCCCCCCCCCCGCCCGCAACAGGCAGUCGCGGAAGGAUGACUGGCAUGCAGGAUAAGCUCACGGCACCGCCGGAGUUCGACGGCCCGGUGAGGGACAGAAAGUGUACCGAUAUCAUCUUCACGCUGGCCAUCAUCAUCAUGUGGAUUACGAUGACCGUGGUGGGCAUCAGCAGCGUCCAACAGGGCGACGUGAGAGAACUCUUGGCACCCACCGACUACGAAGGCAACCUUUGCGGUUUUGACGACGGCUACGAGGACCGCGGCAAGCUAUACUACGCCAACAACGUGGGCUCCGGGGUUUGCGAGAAAUCAUGCCCGUCAAACGACAACUCGACGUAAGAAUGGCGUCAGCUUGUUGAGCAUAUAUAUGUAGGGUUGCGUUGACUCAAAAUACGCGCAGCAUCCAGCGGGUUUUCCCCCCGCUUACUGCUCAACACACAACCGUCAACUGCUGUGGCGUUAACUCGGACCGGUACUCUUUCUGUGAUUGCAUGUACAUUGCCCAGCUUUUUCAGGCUGGAGCUUGACUUUUAUUGACGUAGAAGUAGAAAUACACCUGCAUCUUUGAGAAUCAGCAGCGUUCCUGGGAUCAGUCCUGGAUGAGGUCGGAUUACCAAUCGUGCGAAAGGAUCUUUAGGGGGUUCGGGGGUAGGGUUUCCGGAAGGUUCGGAAAGCAUGCCGUACUUUUUGGGCGCGCGCGCACGCGGUUCUUGACGGUUUGGAGGUGGUACUCGGCUAGCUCAGCUCUGCUAGCUUGCACACUGAAGCCCGAGCUGUGCAGGCUUGCAGAGCCCGCCUGCUCGUAUGUUCAGUGGAGUAUGUUCCUGCGCGCACAGGGGACUCAUGGUGUGUAGGGGAGGAGAAGAAUGCUGCUAGAAAAACAUGUCAGGACCGCCGAAAGCAAUCAAUUAGUCUACAAUGUAGACUGUUGUCGGGGGCACCGAUUUGUAUGUGCGCGCUACCGGGCUGCCGGCCGUUCGGUAGGGCGUGUACUGCUGCUGUACGAAGAGCGAGUGGAAUAUCUAGCUGAGUCUAGGUGCUGUAGGUCUAGGCCUUUGCACAGCUUCGAGAUGACCGGAACCGCUUUCUGCGCUGGCUGUACACGAAAGAAACAACCG